CGGGAUAAGCCAACAGGCGAGGGUAUCUCGGUAUCCAGUUCUGAACCUUGAAGGGAUGCCAUGCUGAAUCUUGAAGGGAUGCCAUUAUUGAGCCCCGAUGCCUCCACUUCGGCCUCGGCCUUUACUCGAAUAAUCAAGAAUAGCAAACUAGUUGCACCAAGUCCUAACGCCGAUCCCUAGGUUGCCGGUUAUGCUUAGCAUAAUUCCUGCUCGGUCUAACUAUUGCCUGUACCCCAUUCGACUCUGAUUUCAUCGGUCUAGCGUUAUAAAAGCCCGAUCCACCCAGCAGCCAGGUUUUGGGGCACAAAAUCACACCCCUCAAUAAGGUCUUCAACCACCUCACUGCCAACUGCCUCUAGCGACAUGAUUUUAGAGAGCGUCCACUCGCCUGUGGCGGUCGUUGCGACCGCCGUAGUGGCCCUGCUCUACCUCAUCUCCGUCCUCCAGCGCAAAUUGGCCCAACGCCGCAUGGCGCGGGAGAACAACUGUCUCCCCCCCGUGCGGAUCAUGGGCAAGGAUCCCCUUUUUGGCCUCGACGAGAUCUACAGCAUGAUACAAGCCGGCAAACAGCAUAUCAUGCUGGAUCGCGCGCUCAAGCGGUUCAAUCUCUACGGCAAGACCUUCGCCAGCACCCGCAUCCGCACCAACCUCAUCUUCACCUGCGAGCCGCUCAACGUCAAGACCAUCCUCUCCCUCAAGUUCAAGGACUUUAGCCUGGGUAACCGCAUCUCGUCCUUUGGCCCCUUGCUCGGCCACGGUAUCUUUACCACAGACGGCGCCCACUGGGCGCAGUCGCGCGCCAUGAUCCGUCCCAACUUCGUCAAGGACCAGGUCGCCCACCUCGACCUGUUCGAGGACCUCAUGGCGGACCUCUUCGACCUGAUCCCCACCGACGGGAGCACCGUCGAUCUGCAGGAUCUCUUCUUCGGCUACACCAUCGACUCCGCCACCGAGUUCCUCUUCGGCCACAGCGUCCACAGUCUGAAGAAGCGCCUUUCCCGCGUCAACGACGACAACAAGCCCGAUUUCGCCGAGGCCUUCAACUACGCCCAGGACGCGACGGCCACCAAGGCCCGUCUGGGCGGCCUGCGUCGCUUCUACCGGAAUCCCAAAGCUGACGAAUGCAACCGCGUCUGCCACGAGAUGGUCGACGAGUUUGUCGACAAAGCUAUGAAGGUGCGCGACCGCUACGACGAGGAGAAGGCCGCCGGCGCCGGUGAGUCCAACGGUCGCUACUACUUCCUGUCUGGACUGGCGCGCCAGACUGGCGAUCGCCGUCGUAUCCGCGACGAGCUGAUGAACGUUCUCCUCGCGGGGAGAGACACCACCGCCUCCCUGCUGAGCAACAUGUUCUUCAUGCUGGCUAAGAACCCGCGCAUUUGGAACAAGCUGCGCGAAGAGAUCGCCACGCUGGACGGUCGCGCCCCUACCUACGAGCAGCUCCGCAAUCUGACCUAUCUCAAGUACUGCAUGAACGAAUCCCUCCGCCUCCACCCCGUCGUCCCAUCCAACUCCCGCCUAGCCGUAGCCGACACGGUCCUCCCCGUCGGCGGCGGGCCCGACGGCAAGUCCCCGGUCUUCGUACCCAAGGGCACGAUCAUCGCCUACAGCGUGUACACCAUGCACAGACGGGAAGACAUCUACGGCCCCGACGCCAACGAGUUCCGUCCGGAACGGUGGGCCGACAUCCGUCCCGGGUGGGAGUAUCUGCCGUUCAACGGCGGCCCGCGUAUCUGCGUCGGGCAGCAGUACGCGCUGACGGAGGCGGGCUAUGUUACUGUGCGUCUGGCGCAGCGGUUUGCGACGCUGGAGAGUCGCGACCCUGGACCUUGGGAGGAGAGUCUGACGUUGACGCUUUGUUCACGGAAUGGGACGAAGGUUAGUGUACGGCCUUGA